AUGCCAACGUGGAGCUGGAUCAACGAUAAUCUCCGCGAUGUUCUUCCCCCAGAGGAGUUCCUGGAAGAGCACAUGCAACCGCCUGCAAAUGAACGGCCAGCCCGAAUCCGGGCUAUGACACUCAACGCAAAGCCAUCUCUCAAAGAAGCGCGCAAAACGCUUCGCUUCCAACUAGACCGAUGGCAAACUGUUGACCAGAGUCCAGACGAGGGGGUUGUCCAGGCGCCAUUCCUGAAGUAUGGGGCGGCUCUGCUGGACACGCAUAACACGACUGCUUUCGACAGAUGGAAGUCGCAGGUUGUGUUUCUGAACGACAAAUCGGACUGGGAGGCCGAUAUUAUCAGCAUAAACCAUAUCACUGGGUACCACCAAUUGCGGGGGGGCUUUCAUGACGCAUCACACCCGGAAAACCAAAUGCGUACCCAACUGUGUACAAUGGCGCAGGACCUGCUCAUGGAAUCCGGUCGCUGCUUCGUCUACAUCCUCAGCAUUUUUGCCAUCGAGCACGCCCGCAUCUUCGUCUUCGACCGUUCUGGAUUCGCUGCUUCUGAACGCUUCAACUGGCUCGGUGACAAAACCGACAUCUUACCUCGAUUCUUCCUCCGGCUCUUCAACUUGAAUGGUCUAGACGACACUAUCUCUCAACCCGAUGAACAGGUCGUAGCGAGACUGUGGACGGUGCUUUCCCACCAUCCAUAUUACUCCCAGAAUUUGGACGAAAAGGUGGUGAAAGGGAACUGCUUGCGCCUCCUAGCCUCCCGCCGUAUCAGCGGGAAAGGCCCAGAUGAACAGGAACUUGUUCAUUGUCUGACGGUGGGCCAGCGCCUAUUUGCCUACGACGGUCUGUUUGGUCGUGCCACGCGCGUUUAUCGUGUGAUUAUUGAAGAAGAUCUCGUGAACGACGCCCUACCAGCCGUCUACGCUCUCAAAGACGCGUGGUGCGAGGGAUUGGAGCGACCCGAGGUAGAUUUUUACGACCUCAUAGAACACCAUUGCGAGACUGCCGAGCCGAAAAUCGAUAUGGACGCAAUCGGGAUGGCGCGUUGUUGCGGGAGCAUCCAACUUUCCGACUCGACUUCCCCAUUGUUCGAUGCGUCUUGGAAUCCUCAAUCACACAAAACACGGCUUGCGGAAGCUACGGCGGAUGAGUAUCAACGUCACCAUCGACGACUGCUUCUCACACCUGUGGGCUCUUCAAUAAAAUCGUUUGCCUCAACAAAACAACUCAUUCAGGCAUUAUUGAAUGUCUCGCUUCACCUCAAGAUUGCCGACGAUGCAGGUGUAGCUCAUCGCGAUAUCAGCACUGGAAAUGUUCUCUUUAUGGAGGACACUACUGGAAGCAAUUCCUCAAUUGGAUUUUUGGUCGACUGGGACUGUGCCGAGUUCACGCCAGACGGGGUCGAAAAAUUCAACCAGUUUGUAAAACCUGGUUCCAAUCGCCGACCAGCAGACGAGACCAGGGUAAUCGGGAAUUUACGAAGCUAUGUGGGCACGCCUGCAUUCAUGGCAGUCACUAAAUCUCACAGCCAGCAUUACGGCGCAGGUACCACCCACCGCCUGGCCCAUGACCUGGAAUCUCUUUACUGGCUUCUUAUCUGGCUCAUUCUCCGCUACACCGACCAUAAGCAUCCAUAUCAACGCCACGCCUCCGAUUUCUUCGACGAAAAGGAGGGCAAAGAGCACUGGCUGUACGAUUACCGCCUUCUGCUGGCCAGCGACAUAUCGCCACUUCAUCAGUUGUUCUCAGAUCUCGCAAAGGCUGUUGCACGACAAGCCUUCGCUUUCGAAUCGCAUUACCCAGAACUGCAUAAUAUCGAUUACGAGCAAUGGUGCGCCAUGCUCCAAGAUGCUCUUGGAUCAGACGGGUGGCCAGCGGACGACGCAUCAAAUCCUUACCGGGCGGCUGCUCAGUCUCGUCUGGAGCAGCUUGCAGCUAGCUAG